CGUGGUGGGCCUCGCGGAGCCCUUGCUUGGCCUCCGGAUCGGAGAAGGGAGCUUCGUUCUGCCCCCGCUGUGGUCCCGCCUCGCGGUCGUCUCAGCCUCCCCCGCUAAUAAAAGUUUGUUGCUCUUUUUCUGGCUCAAACCGCCCUUGGAAUCUGGAGGCGUGGCCAGAGGGCGGAGCCUGUGGGCGUCGUGGAGCUGGUGCCUAGCAACGUCGAGGGAGGGCAUAGAGGGAGCCAGCUCAGUUCCACAGGUCACCCAGGGCGGGACCUCAUGACCGACUCCAAGCAGGAUUCGCCAGAGCCAAAGCCAUGGGCGACUCCACUCCCAAAGGAGACCAUAAAGCGCAUCUUCGGGACCAGCCAGGCGUUCCGAGGCUUUGAUGAAAUAAAACCAACACUCUCUGAAAUAACAGUUCCUCUCAAAGUCAGGGAGUACUACCACCGAGGCCACUGGUGCUUGGAGCGAGAAGACUGGGAAACAGCUGUGGUGUUCUUCUCCCGUGCCAUCCACCUGGACCCCCAGCUGGUCGAGUUCUACGCCUUAAGAGCCGAAGCCUACAUCCAGCUCUGCGACUACUCCUCGGCUGUCCAGAACCUGCGGAGGGCCCACUCCUUCCAGCCGGAGAACACCCAGUUCCUGAAGCGCCUCACCUUGGUGCUUUACCUGCAGGGCCAGUGCCUGUUUGAACAGUGUGCUUUUGCGGAUGCCCUGAAUGUCUUCUCGCAAGCCUUCGAGCUCCAGCCCAAGAAACCCAGCUUCCGUUACCGAUGCAUGGCCUGUCUCCUGGCCCUCAGACGAUAUCAGGACUGCCUCUCACUUGUCACCAAGGAGGUGGAGUAUGGCACAACCAACGCUGACAUCUACAUCCUCCGAGCCAGGCUCUAUAACUCCAUGGGGAAGCCCCACCUCUGCUAUCAAGACCUGCACAGCGCCUUGGUAUUGGAUCCCAAGCACACACAGGCAAAGGUGCUGCUCAAGAUGAUGGUAGAGAAGUCCCAGAAGUCAUUCCGAGAUGCCAGGAUCCUAGCCGUGCAGGGCAAGCUGCAGCAUGCAGUGCAGUGUGUGAACAGUGCCAUCGACAACAACCCUCUGGACCCCAGCUUCUUCCUCUUCAGGGGCACCAUGUACCGCCGGCUCCGGGAUUUUGAUGCGGCGGUGGAGGACUUCCUGAAGGCGCUGGACAUGAUGAGCGAGCACCAGGAGGACAUGGUGCGGCAGGCGCAGCGCCAGCUCCUGCUGGCCUACAACGACUUCGCCCUGCACUGCUACAUGCAGGGCGCCUACCAGGAGGGCGUGCUGCUGCUCAACAAGGUCCUCAAGGACGAGCAGGGCGAGAAAGGCCUCUACAUCAACCGCGGCGAUUGCUUCUUCCAGUUGGGCUACCUGAACUUUGCUGAGGCGGACUACCAGGAGGCGCUGACGCUGAGCCCGUCGGACGAGGGCGCCAACCUGCGCAUGAGCCUGCUGCAGGAGAAGAUGGGCUGCUGCGAGCACAAGAGCAAACAAUUCCAGAAGGCAGAGAGCCACUUCACACUGGCCAUCCAGCACAAUCCCCAGAUGGCUCAGUACUACCUGCACCGCGCCAGAAGCCGGCAGUUCAUACAGAACAUUUUUGGGGCCCGCCAGGACGUUGCAACUGCCCUGAUCCUCGACCCUAAGCAACCGAAGCUGCUCUCGCUGAUAACCAUCCUCUUCCCGGGCAUGUCAAUGGAGGAGGUGCUUGGCAGCCACGUGGGCCUCCUGGCCAAGAUGCAGCUGAGUCGCGUGAUAGAGAGCAGGAGGAAGGAUAACAUCUCUCAAGGCAUCAUGGGGAAGCUCUAUAAGCAAGAACUGGAGCGCCAGAAGGCCCGGACCCUGCAGCUUUCGUGGAAGGAACAACAGGUUUUGCGGGAGACAAAACCUCAGAAGCUGGACUCCAAAUCCCGGAUCCCGCAGGAAGGGCCAGAACACCCAGAAGAGGCCAUGGACGCUGAGAAGAAGGAGAAGCCGGAGCAGUCCCUGUCCGACAGCUACCCCGACCAGACCUCGUCCGUCUCCAUGUUGGGCUUCAGGACCCUGUCUGUCUCCGAGACAGAGACGUCCACUACCUGUCAGGAAUACAGGAGCACCUCGGCCACCCCUGUGCCCCUCACCUCUGAUUCCUCACUGCUGAGGACACAAUCCUCAGACCUGGGAAACGACAGGGAAGACUCAAGCCUGAACCUCAGCCCCACAGACAGGGGCCAGAGCCAGCUGUUCAGGAAGACCGAGGUCACGAGGAGCCAGAGCCAGAAGCCAAGCAAGACGGAGGCCACCCAGGGCCCAAGGCAAAGGCCCACCAAGACCGAGGCCACCCAGGGCCCAAGGCAAAAGCCCAGCAAGACCGAGGCCACCCAGGGCCCAAGGCAAAAGCCCAGCAAGACCGAGGCCACCCAGGGCCCAAGGCAAAAGCCCAGCAAGACCGAGGCCACCCAGGGCCCAAGGCAAAGGCCCACCAAGACCGAGGCCACCCAGGGCCCAAGGCAAAAGCCCAGCAAGACCGAGGCCACCCAGGGCCCAAGGCAAAAGCCCAGCAAGACCGAGGCCACCCAGGGCCCAAGGCAAAGGCCCACCAAGACCGAGGCCACCCAGGGCCCAAGGCAAAAGCCCAGCAAGACCGAGGCCACUCAGGGCCCAAGGCAGAGGCUCAGAAAGACCAAGGUGGUUCACAGGCGGAGCCCCAUCAAGGCUGAGGCCACCCGGGGCCGGACCCGGGGACUGAUCCGAAGUUCCAGCAAGACCAAGAGUGACGAUGACUCAAGCUGGAGCCCCAGCAACACGGAGGACGCCCAGGGCGAGAGCCAGUGGCUCGUCAUGGCCAAGGUGCUCGAGAACUGGAACCAGAGCCCAAGCCCAGAAUCCAGCAAGACUGAUGUCAUCCAGGACCAGGGCCUUGGCAGUGUCACUGCUCCCUGAAGGGGCCACCGAGCCCCUCACUUCUUGCUGGAGAUGGGAGAUACCCUACCACGUUGGCAUUCAGCAAUUAACCUCAGCCAACACUGCUCUG